GUCGGGCCCGUGGGAGCGGGGCAGCCCCCGUCCUUACCCUUCGAGUUAUCCUCCCGGGGGGCGAAGUUCCACGCGUAAUGUCAACGUGUUUUACCUGCUACAUUGGAAACCAGAGGCUAGUAUUAGAGAAAGAAGAGGCGGUUCUGUUUGGCGGGUAAACCUCUCAAGAGGUGACGCUUAAAUUGCGGAAGAAGAACAAAGCGGUGGGUGCAUGGUGGUGAGGAAAGCAGGCGGGUUGCAGGCCCCCCGACAGGACAGAAUUUGGCACAUUCAAGCUAUCGAAAGGCUGGGUGGCGUCCGAUGAGCUAAAAAGAGAGAAGCAUUAAAUCGGACUGAAGAAGUUUGCAUAGGAUAGGAUCUGGAUGAUGUGCUGGAGAAAGCCAAGAAAGUAUAAUGGGUUUGUCCUGCCAUGCUUGGGUGUUCACCCAGUUCAAGGAGUUUCACCAGAAGACCAAAGAAGUGUCACAUUAAAGGAUUUGGAUGUAGCUUUGCCCAUUAUCGAGACUUAUAAGGAUCAGUUAUUGGCAAUUGGAGAGGUUGGACUGGAUUUCUCCCCCAGAUUUGCUGGCACUGAUGAACAGAAGGAAGAGCAAAGACAAGUCCUAAUCAGACAGGUCCAAUUAGCCAAAAGACUAAAUUUGCCUUUAAAUGUUCACUCACGCUCAGCCGGAAGACCUACCAUCAGCCUCUUAAAUGAGCAAGGCGCUGACAAAGUGUUGCUGCAUGCGUUUGACGGUCGGCCAUCUGUAGCCAUGGAAGGGGUAAAAGCCGGAUACUUCUUCUCAAUUCCUCCUUCUAUCGUAAGAAGUGGGCAGAAGCAGAAACUUGUGAAACAGUUGCCUUUAACUUCAAUUUGCUUAGAAACGGAUUCCCCUGCACUGGGACCAGAAAAACAGGUACGGAACGAGCCCCGGAACAUUUCCAUUUCAGCAGAAUAUAUUGCCCAGGUGAAAGGGGUCUCAGUGGAAGAAGUUAUAGAAGUGACAACACAGAACGCAUUGAAACUGUUUCCCAAGCUUCAGCUGCUGCUCCCGAAAUAGCCUCCGAACAAAACCACCUGCAGAGGGCAGUGUUUGAGAAAAAUAAGUGUCCUGACAAGUCUCAACUGCAGAAGCCACCGGAGAAGUAUCAAGAUAGAGAAGAUUAUAAUUUUAGAGAAGAGUUUCUCUCAGAAGUAAAACUGGGCUUAGGUCCUGAAACCCUGGGUUCAGAUUCUACCUUGCACUGCUUUUCAGUUAAUAAACUCUUAGCAGGAGAUUGGGAACACUGCUGCCUCUUUGCCCGUUAAGAGCAACCACCGCAUGAACUGAAACCGUUUCUUCUGGCGAGGGUGGCUCCCACAGAUAAGAAACACGCGCUCCUGUGAUGGCAUGGAACAGGCCCCAGUCUGAUUCUUUACCACCUCUUUGACUUCUCACAGGAUUUAUCCAGUGACAGAAGAGUAUCUAGUUUCUUAUCCUGUCAAAAGUCCUGUCUUUUCUGGGUUUGCAAAACUGAACUUUGCAUUUUGAAUUCUCUCUCUCUUUAAGAGAAGAAUGAUCACGGUUUUUAUGUUGAUCUUAGAUUCUGACUUGGGAAGCCCGUGGUUUGUACAAUCAUCAUUAAACACCAAGCCCCAAAGUUUAGUUAAUAACUUGAUUUUAAGUUCCAGGCUGAAUUUUGUCACAUGUUUAAAAUGUAAAUAGCUUCAUUUAAAAUGUAUCUGACAUUUUUGCAUGCAGUAGUAAGUUUUGAAAAUCUCAGGAGUAAAGAGAGUCUUGUACCUAAUGGUGAUGGUAGCACAAUAAUGCAAAUGUACUUAAUGCCAAUAAACUAUACCCGUAAAGAUUA